CCCAAACAAAUAUAAGUGCAGUGUGUGGAUCUGCUCGCCAUCUUCAGAGAAAAUCGACAGCUUCAUUAUUCAGGAGCUGCAGUGAGAACGAAAGCAUGGCGACGCCAGGUCGUGUGAGCGCGGGCGGCCGCCGCCGGCUGUUGGACGCGGCCCCGGCUCCGGCAGUCGGCGGCGGAGCGGGGCACGGCUCGGGCUCGGGCUCGAGCCCGGACGCGAUGCGCGUAAUGGUGGGCGUGCUGGUAACGGUCGUGUUCUGCACGCUGCUCUACUGCAUCUACUGCUGGUGGUGGAGGAAGCGCAAUGCCAUCAAGAGGCCCCUGCUUGACAGCCUGUGGCCGCGGUCGAGCUCGGACCUGCCGCUCAUGGACCUGGCCUCCAUCCUCGCCGCCACCGGCAACUUCUCCAAGGCCAACAAGCUCGGCGAGGGCGGCUUCGGCCCCGUCUACAGAGGCGUGCUGAGCGGCGGGUCUGAGAUCGCGGUGAAGCGUCUGUCGGCGCGGUCGCUACAGGGGGCGGCGGAGUUUCGGAACGAGGUGGAGCUCAUCGCCAAGCUGCAGCACCGCAACCUGGUGCGCCUGCUGGGCUGGUUCGCCGACCGAGACGAAAAGCUGCUCGUCUACGAGUACCUCCCCAACCGCAGCCUCGACGCAUUCCUCUUCGAUCCGAGCAAGAGCAGCAAGAGCACGUGUAUGAGCUGGAGCACCCGGCACAACAUCAUCCUUGGCAUCACCCGUGGCAUGCUCUACCUCCAUGAGGACUCCCUGCUCAAGGUCGUCCACCGGGACCUCAAGGCCAGCAAUGUGCUCCUUGACGACAAGAUGAACCCUAAGAUCUCUGAUUUCGGCAUGGCCAAGAUCUUCGAAGAUGAAUCCGGUGGGAUAAAUAACACAGGAUGGGUCGUUGGAACCUACGGUUACAUGGCACCUGAGUUCGCGUUGGAGGGUGUAUUUUCAGUGAAGUCAGACGUGUUCAGCUUCGGAGUGCUCCUACUAGAGAUCUUGAGCGGCCAGCGGAACGGCGCAUUGUACCUUGAGGAGCACCACCAGUCCCUCAUCCGAGGCGCAUGGACAUUGUGGAUCGAAGGUCAUGCCGUCGAGUUCAUGGACCUGUCUCUUGGCCGGUCGUUCUCAAGGGAAGAGGCGCGGCGGUGCUACCAUGUCGGCUUGCUCUGCGUGCAGGAAAACCCUGACGUCCGUCCCACCAUGUCCACCGUCCUUCUCAUGCUAAUCAGCGACCAUAUGAAGCUCCCAGAACCAGCCAAGCCACCAUUGUUCACAAAGCUGAGGAGCAUGCCAUCGCCGGCACAGCCGCUCACGGCGAGGACACAGUCCAGGGCGCCUCCUCAUUCGAUCAAUGACGUCACCAUCACUACCAUCGAGCCACGAUGAGGUUACAUAGACUCGCGCUAGAUGGUUUUAAAUACAAAGUACAUAGCUGCUGAUGGCUUUUUUAUUAAGGACGACGACUCCAUUAUACCAGGUUAUUAUUGUAAUUUUGGUGAUUGAAUGAACAUAGUCAAUGAGACUAACAAAUCUAACAAAUGUAUGAGCUUAUAUUUGUAUGAUUUUUAGAUCC